AUGGCUACCCCUGCAACAACCACGGUCAAGAAGUCACCAGCUAUGAGAGCACUAACUGCCAGGUUGAAGGGAAUACAGCUCUCCUUCAACGAUAUUUGGCAAUUUGUGCAAAAGUUUAAGGAGUCCAACACAAUAACCGAGGUCCAAAUACGCUUGGGUAAGUUGGACGAGCUUUGGGAAGCGUUUAGUGGCACCUUAGUCGAAAUAUUUUCCCACGAUGACUACGAUGCUGAAGGAAACGCGUUUGAAAAGGAGCGAAUGGAGUUUAGUGACCGCUACUACGAAGCCAAAUCUUUCCUAAUGGAUAAAACUAGAGAAUUGCAGGCGUCUCAAGUUCUUGAGCAAUCUAGCAGUGCUGGAGAUUCGUCGAUGCGGAAUGGCACCGACCAUGUUCGCUUACCACAAAUCCAACUGCAGACAUUCAAUGGAAACAUUGACGAAUGGUUAAGCUUUCGGGAUCUUUUCAGCUCACUUAUUCACUGGAAGGAGUACCUACCCGAGGUGGAAAAAUUUCAUUAUUUGAAGGGGUGUUUGCAAGGAGAACCCAAGAGCCUGAUCGAUCCGUUACAGAUUACAAAAGCCAAUUAUCAGGUGGCGUGGGAUUUGUUGUUAAAACGGUAUAACAACAGCAAAUUGUUAAAGAAGCGGCAGGUUAUCUCGUUGUUCAAGCUGCCAAUGCUCUCCAAGGAAUCCGCAAUGGAGCUGAAUGCCCUGGUGGAAGGGUUCGAGAGAAUUAUACAGACUCUCGAUCAGGUGGUGCAAUUAGCCGAUUUCAAGGACCUUUUACUUGUUAAUAUCCUUACGGUACGGCUCGAUCCCGUUACUCGGAGGGGGGGAGGAGAUGUCGGCAUCACGUUUUGCAGCAAUUCAGCAGCACCAACCGCAGCAAAAACAAUGAGCGUUGAUGAGCAGGGCAACCUGCAAUUCAUCUCAAGUGUCUGGAGGACGCUGAGUAGCUUGCUCGUCGAACCACCCUCUCUACCAAUGGCAGGUCGCAUGGCCAAAGAUUGCCAAUCCAAAUAUUCUUGCCGUAAUUGCAAGAGUCGCCACCACACAUUGGUCUGUUUCAAACCGGAAAGGAAUCGUGAUGCAAAGGUUUCAGCUGCUUCUCGUGCUGACAAGCCAGCUAUGCAGAACGAGUCAUCUCAAGUGGCAAACCUGGCUGCCACAAACGUGUUCGUUUUGGGUGCAGAACAUCAAUAUUCUGCUAAGGUUCUGUUAGCUACAGCUGUCGUCAUAAUCGAGGAUGAUAACCGGUGGAUAGGAUCGGAAAGCAACUUCGUCACUGAACGAUUGAGUCAAAGGCUUAAGGUUACGGUGAAUCUUCCUACCAGCAACAUAAACACGGAGCGGUGGGAGAUUCCGAACGGAGUGCAAUUGGCGGAUCCGACAUUUUUCGAGUCUAAAGCGGUGGACUUGGUACUGGGCAUAGAGGCCUUCUUCGAUUUCUUCGAGACUGGUAGAAGGAUUUCUCUGGGACAACAUAUGCCAACACUCAGUGAAUCCGUUUUCGGUUGGGUUGCCUGCGGCGGGCAUACACAUCAAACACAGUCUCUUCAAAUCAAAUGCAAUCUUUCAGCGGUGGAUAGUUUGGACAAAUUAAUCACCCGGUUUUGGUCUUGCGAGGAAAUAGAGUCUGGUAAGGCUCUUUCAUUGGAGGAAAAGCGCUGCGAAGAGCUGUUUUCGCAAACGGUCAAACGUAACCCUGACGGUAGAUACACCGUCUCCUUACCAAAGGAUGAAGCCAUUCUCUCAAGGUUAGGCGAGUCACGGGACAUCGCAUUUCGGCGGCUUCAAGGGACGGAGCGUAGAUUGGCCAGAGACGAGUCACUACACGAACAAUACACAAACUUCAUGCAGGAAUACUUGCAGCUCGGGCAUAUGCGGAAGGUCGAAGAGGCUGAGGUGGAGACAAUUAAGCGAUGCUACCUACCUCAUCAUCCGGUGGUCAAGGAGUCCAGCACCACCACCAAGGUUCGAGUGGUCUUUGACGCUUCCUGUAAAACGACUUCUGGGGAGUCGUUGAACGAUUUGUUACUGGUGGGGCCAGUGAUCCAAGAAGAUCUCCGAUCCAUAAUACUUCGUAGUCGAACGAAGCAAAUAAUGCUGGUGUCCGACGUGGAAAAAAUGUUCCGUAAAAUUAAGGUGUGUCAGGAAGACCGCCCAUUGCAAUGUAUCCUGUGGCGCUCGUCUCCAAUUCAUGAUAUUGACACCUACGAACUGAAUACCGUGACGUACGGUACCAAACCUGCACCAUUCUUGGCGACCAGGACGCUGAAACAACUGGCGGUAGACGAGGAGGAUAAUUUUCCGUUCGCUGCAAGGGCUAUUAUGGAGGAUACAUACAUGGACGAUGUAAUAACAGGGUCGGAUGAUCCGGAAUCGGCACGAACUUUGCGGGUUCAACUAAAUUCGAUGACGAAGAAAGGAGGGUUUAGGUUACGAAAAUGGGUAUCAAACUGCUCUGAUGCAUUGAGUGGGAUUCCAAAAGAGGAGCUAGCAAUCCAGUCAUCGGAAAAGAUCAAUUUGGAUCCCGAUCCUUCGAUAGAAACUUUGGGGUUGACUUGGAUGCCAGUUACCGACACGCUUAAAUUUCAAUUUAAGAUUCCAAUUCUCAACCCUAGCGUACCGCUUACAAAGCGAAAAAUUCUGUCGGUCAUUGCUACACUAUUUGACCCUUUGGGUCUGCUGGGAGCGGCAAUAACUUCGGCAAAAAUUUAUAUGCAGCUGUUGUGGACACUUCGUGAUGAAAACGGUCAAAGACUGAAUUGGGAUCAGUCACUACCCUCAACGGUGGGUGAGGUUUGGAUCAAGUACCACCAACGACUGUCUCUGCUUAAUACCAUUCGCAUCGAGCGAUGUGUAGUAAUUCCCAAGGCAGUGUCUAUUCAAUUUCACUGCUUUUCAGACGCUUCGAAGAAAGCGUACGGCGCGUGUCUCUACGUGAAGAGUUGGAACUCAAACGGAGAGGUAUGGGUACGAUUACUAACCUCCAAAUCACGGGUUGCACCUUUACAAGUGCAAACCAUUCCUAGGCUGGAAUUAUGCGGAGCUCGUCUCGCUGCCCAGUUGUUCGAGAAGGUUUCUCGGUCAAUAAAAUUUACUGCACCAGUAUACUUUUGGACGGACUCCACCUGCGUCCUGCGUUGGAUACGAGCAACUCCAGCUACAUGGACCACUUACGUGGCCAAUCGGGUGGCAACAAUUCAAUCGCUUACCGAGAUUUCCCAGUGGAACCAUGUUCCUGGAAUCCAUAACCCGGCCGAUCUGAUUUCCAGAGGGAUUGCGCCGGAGGACAUCGUACACAAUCGAUUUUGGUGGCAGGGACCGCAGUGGUUGGCGAAGGAAAAGGAUGAAUGGCCACGUUUUCCAGAAACUUCACUGGCAGCAGAAGAAGAAGCAGAGGAAAAACGUCGCACCGUAUAUGCCGGAACGGUUUCAUCGAUCACCGAGUUCAAUAACGCAUACCUAACCCGCUUCUCGUCGUACACAGACCUAAUUCGUCGAACAGCUUACUGGUUGCGAUUGAAACGGCUUCUGCGCACGAAGAAAAAGAAGGAUGCCUCUUUCUUAUCUACCAAAGAACUAAAGGAAGCGGAAACCGCACUGAUCAGUUUAGUCCAACAGGAGGUAUUUGCUGAGGAGCGUAAGGCAUUAAUGAAAAAGGAAGCGGUUUCCAUAAGGUCACCAUUACGAUGGUUUAAUCCAUACCUGUCGGAGAAUCAGGUAAUCCGCUUGGGAGGGCGUCUUAAGCACGCAUUAGAAUCAGAGAACGUAAAGCACCCAGUAGUUCUACCAGCCAGCCAUUACUUCACGCGUCUGCUUUUACGAUAUUACCAUGAACGCCUUUUGCACGCUGGGCCUCAAUUGCUAUUAAGCGUUGUUAGACUUAAAUUUUGGCCAUUAGGAGGAAGGAGUGUAGUGAGACAUAUCAUACACCGCUGUAUGACCUGCUAUCGGACUAAACCCACCACAGUUCAGCAAAUGAUGGGGGAUUUACCAACAGCACGAGUUACCGUCUCUCGUCCAUUUUUGCGAACAGGUGUGGACUACUUUGGGCCCAUUUACGUCAGACCCGCUCCGAGACGUCCAGUAGUAAAAGCCUAUGUGGCAAUUUUUGUUUGCAUGUGUACCAAGGCCGUGCACCUAGAACUCGUCACAGACUUGUCAACCGAUAAGUUCUUACAAGCCCUGCGACGAUUUGUAUCGAGAAGAGGCCGAUGCGCAGAAAUGUUUUCCGACAACGGCACCAACUUUGUCGGAGCACGAAAUAAACUGCAGGAUUUUCUAAAACUGCUUCGGAACAGCAAGCAUCACGACAUCGUUUCCAAAGAACUGGCAGAGGAGGGAAUUCAGUGGCACUUUAACCCACCUAGUGCACCCCACUUUGGAGGCUUGUGGGAAGCAGCAGUUCGUUCAGCUAAAACCCACUUAUUAAAGGUGGUUGGAGAGAAUCCCGUGUCGCCUGAAGAUAUGACGACGCUAUUACCUCAGGUGGAAGCAUGCCUUAAUUCUUGCCCUCUCACCCCCAUGUUCGAUGAUCCCAACGAUCUGCAACCUUCAACGCCUGCACAUUUUCUGGUAGGAGAAUCACUCCAAGCAUUACCAGAACCGAAUUUGGAGGAUCUACCAACCAACCGAUUAAAUCACUGGCAGUUAAUGCAGCGAAAAUUGCAAGAUUUCUGGAGGAGGUGGCGCAGAGAAUUUUUAUGUCAACUACAGGGGAGAACUAAGCGUUGGAAACCAGCUGUUACGAUCGGCAUAGGUCAAUUAGUCCUCAUUCAAGAUGAUAAUCAACCCCCUAUGCGGUGGAAAAUGGGAAGGAUAAUUCAAGUUCAUCCUGGCGGUGAUGGUACGGUAAGGGUGGUUACAUUGAAAACCGCCAGUGGAACCCUAAUGCGCCCAGUAGAGAAGAUCUGCAUUUUACCAAUUGCGGACAACACCGAGCUUCAAGACGCAACAGCCGACAGUCAUCAAUCCUGA